CAUUCUUCUUCCUAAAUUCAAAACCCUCUAAGAGAAAAUUUUGAGAUCAGAAUGUCCGUCGAGGAAGACGCCACCGUUAGGGAGCCACUGGAUCUGAUUCGAUUGAGCAUCGAAGAGAGAAUCUACGUCAAGCUCCGAUCCGACCGCGAACUCCGCGGCAAGCUUCACGCGUUUGAUCAGCAUUUGAAUAUGAUUCUGGGUGAUGUUGAAGAGGUUAUCACGACUGUAGAAAUCGACGACGAGACUUACGAAGAGAUUGUUCGUACAUCGAAACGAAAGAUUCCGUUUCUAUUUGUGAGAGGAGAUGGAGUGAUCUUGGUGUCCCCGCCUUUGAGGACUACUUAGAGACUUCAGAUACAGUGUUCUUGUGUUAUUGGCUGAGAUCUGAUGAGUUCACAAAUCUGGAGCUACCUUCUUUUUUUUUGUUAAAUCUUUCCUUAGCUUCUGAUUUGUAUUUGUGCGUUUUGUUUUUUUUUCUUCAAACAUUUUAACGGAAUGUAGCUUCUCAGAUAUCGUAUUCGAAACCCUUGUUAACUUUGUGCUUCAUUAUAAUAGAAGUGAUGUGUUGCCUA